AUGGAAAGGAUCUUUAGGUUCCUUAGAUGCAAUGAUGUUGAGCGCCUUAUGUGUAUGUCAUACCAGCUCAAGGGAUCCGCAGAUUAUUGGUGGGAGGCCAAACAGAAGACUUUAACCCCUGAUCAAGUAGAUGAACUUACAUGGGAGCAAUUCAAAAUAGUUCUCUGCGAGAAAUACAUACCGCGUAGCUAUCGCAAGAAGAAGGAGAUGGAGUUUGUAAGUUUAAAACAAGGAAAUAAGAUGGUAGCUGAAUAUGACCGUUUGUUCUGUGAUUUAGCUCGAUAUGCACCAUAUCGAGUAGAUACGGAUGAGAAGAUGUCAGAGUUGUUUUGUGCCGGAUUGAAGCAGGAUAUUCGAGUGGUCUUAGCAAGUCAGAGCACACUUACGUAG